AUUGCGUUUUACGAGCUUAGCAGAGAAAACUCAUUGCCUUGACAUCGGAUACAGAUUUCUCUGAAAGAAUUUUGGCUCACUUUUCACCUUGUACAAUAAUCAUAUUUAUAUUCGUAUGAUAUCAACAUUGUAAAUGUAAUUCAGCAUGGCAGUUUUAUUAAAGGAUAAAAACCAACUUUCUUUUGAUGAUCAUUGGCCUGUUAUGAGGCCAAUAAUACUUAAGCUUCUGCAUCAAGAAGCAGUUACUCGCACAGAAUGGCAAGAUUUAUUUUGGUUAGUUCAUAUCGUUUGCCUAUGGGAUGAUAAAGGUCCACCAAAAGUGUAUAAUAGUUUACAGGAUAAUAUCUUAGAUUUUAUACGACAAGCUCAGUCUAACGUUCUUGCUCAUCAGGAGGAUCAAGCUUUGCUGAAGGCAUAUAUAGCAGAAUGGAGAAAAUUUUUCACGCAGUGCAAUUAUUUGCCAAUGCCAUUUGGACAGUUGGAAAUCACAUUAGCUGGCAAAUCUGCUUCAAUUCAGAAGAAAGGACAGAGUGAAGAAAGUGUAGUUCGGAAGUUAAUGCUGGAUAGUUGGAAUCAGAGUAUAUUUUCUAACAUCAAGCAUAGACUUCAGAAUAGUGCAAUGAAACUUGUCCACGCUGAAAGGAAUGGAGAAGCUUUUGAUUCCCAGUUGGUGAUAGGGGUUAGAGAAUCAUAUGUUAACUUGUGCUCAAAUACUGAAGAUAAGCUGCAGAUUUAUCGAGAUAAUUUUGAAAAGGCAUAUAUUGAUGCAACAGAAGCUUUCUACAGGGCAAAAGCUCCUCAAUAUUUAGAAGCAAAUGGUGUUCAAAACUACAUGCGAUAUGCUGAUCAGAAAUUGAAGGAAGAGGAGCAGCGGGCUGCUAAGUAUCUUGAAUCCUAUUCUGGCUCUAUACAAUCACUCACUGAAUGUUGUGUAAAAGUGCUUGUUACAGCCUUUAAGGAAGUAGUUUUAGCAGAGUGUCCAUCAAUGAUCAAGAAUAAUGAAACAGAAAAGCUGCAAUUAAUGUUCAAAUUAAUGGAUAGAGUUCCUGAUGGUAUUAUCCCUAUGCUGAAAGAUUUAGAACAUCACAUUAUUAGUCAAGGUUUAGCUGACAUGAUUGCUUCUGCAGAUAUCAUAACGCAGGACUCUGAAAAAUAUGUAGAACAGUUAUUAGAAUUAUUUACAAGGUUUAGUAAACUAGUCAAGGAAGCUUUUAAUGAUGAUCCCAGGUUCCUAACAUCAAGAGACAAGGCCUUUAAGCAAGUUGUCAAUGAUACAUCAGUUUUUCGUUUAGAGCUACCUUCAAAACAGAAAGGGGUUGGCAAUAAGACUCAGCCAGAAUCUCGUUGUCCUGAACUUUUGGCCAAUUACUGUGAUAUGCUACUUAGAAAAACACCACUUAGCAGAAAAUUAACAUCAGAUGAAAUUGAAGGAAAAUUAAAGGAAGUGCUUUUAGUUUUGAAGUAUGUUCAAAAUAAGGAUAUUUUCAUGAGGUAUUACAAAUCUCAUCUCACAAGACGUCUCAUUCUCGAGUCUUCAGCUGACAGUGAGAAAGACAAAAUUAUGGUUGAAUGGUUAAGGGAUGUUGGUAUGCCUGCUGAUUAUGUAAACAAAUUAGCAAGGAUGUUUCAAGAUGUAAACAUUAACAAAGAUGUUAAUCAGCACUUUAAAGAUCUUCAUCGAAAUAAAGGUUGUUUGGCUGAUAGUAUUCAUUAAAAAUUUAAUGCUGGUGCUUGGGCUAGAGGAAGUGAACGGAUACAAGUAUCAUUGCCUCUAGAAUUUGAAGAUUUUAUUCCUGAAGUAGAAGAAUUUUAUAGACAAAAACACAGUGGUCGUAAACUUCAGUGGUAUCAUCACAUGUCAAAUGGCACUAUCACUUUUAGCAAUGUAAUCGGAAAGUUUGAUUUAGAUGUAACUACAUUUCAAAUGGCAGUUCUGUUUGCCUGGAAUCAACGACCCUACGACAGAAUAACAUUUGAAAAUUUACGUUUAGCUACAGAACUUCCAGAUGCUGAAUUAAGAAGAACGUUAUGGGUAAUCCUUAGUGCCUUUCCUAAAUUGAAGCGACAAGUUUUAUUAUAUUUACCUGAAGCUAAGUCACCUAAAGAUUUUGAUGACGGCACUGUAUUUUGGGUCAAUCAAGAAUUUUCAUUAAUAAAAAAUAAUAAACCUCAGAAAAGAGGCAAAGUCAAUUUAAUUGGAAGACUUCAGUUAUCAACAGAAAAAAGUAAAGAAGAAGAUAAUGAGAGCAUAGUACAACUACGAAUACUUAGAACUCAGGAAGCAAUAGUGAAAAUAAUGAAGAUGAGAAAACGAAUAACAAAUGCUCAGUUACAGACUGAAUUGGUAGAAAUUUUGAAGAACAUGUUUUUGCCAUCCAAAAAAAUGAUUAAAGAACAGAUAGAAUGGCUCAUUGAGCACAAGUACAUGAAGCGAGAUGAAGAAAACAUAAACGUUUUUAUCUAUAUGGCAUGAUUUAAAAUUAUUAUUAAAAAUUAAUAUAAUUUAUAUGGACAGUUUUCUCCAUUUUAAAACUCAGCAGAUUUGCUGAUUGCCAAGCUGUAGACAGAUGAUUGGUAAGGAAAAGUUUCAAUAAUUUCAACGAUAUUUGGGGGGGUUGCAUACUGUUAGCUGCAACUUUGGAAAAAAAAA